AUGCUAUUCAACUAUAAACGCGAAUUGUUAUGGAUAAUUCUAUUCCAGUCGGUUGUCACUACAGGCUAUACUCCAUAUAAGAAGCCAGGAGGCGAGAACGUGGGCGAUCCUGGAGGACCUCGAGGGCGUCGAGAUCUCAGUGGGCUAGGGAGCCUCCACGACAUUUCAUUCUUACCUGGGUUGGAUGCUGUGGCUAGAUUAGAAAGAAGGCAAGAGCCCAGUUGCACGUGCCCUCCAUCAGCAGAUGUAUUCUAUCCGAUGAACACAACUUCCAGCUAUAUGGCAACUCCGUAUGGACCAUGCGAUAUUGCAGUAGCGACAUCAUACCUUUGUCCGAUAGACUACUACUGCGCUUGCCAGCCGAGUGCAUCAGGCAUGUGUCUCCCUACAGCUCUUGAGGCGAUCAGUGCUUGCACAUCGUACACUGGCCCCACUACCCGUUCGAGUGUAACCCGAUGGUUUUUCGCAUCGGUUCCUACCAAUCUUGCCGAGAUAUCUGGACAAUGCGGAGGAAGCACUCAAACCCAAAUAACAUCUUUCUGGGCUUCAACGAUGACCCUCUGUCCUGUGACCCAGGCCUGUGUUUGCGAAACUAGCGGCUCCUACUCGAAGUGCGUUGACAAUGAUGCUCUUCCUGCUCGGGGGACUGCCUGUCCAGCGGAUCCAUGCUCCACAAUCAAACAAGAAUUUAGCGUUUCAUUGCCUCCGCCACACGCGACGGCAAAACUAGGAGAACGAUGUGGUGGUAAAUGUUGGCGCGGGCCGACAAAUUGCCCCUCGGGUGCAUCUUGCUUUACGGAAACUAGUCCGACGCCCGGUGCCUAUGCUGAGUGUGCUACCGCAAAUCCGGGAAGCCGAUUGAGAGCCAGAUCGAAUGAACGCUUUGAUAUCGAAGGUAUAAAUGUGCCGGUCAAGGCCCAGGCAAUCGCGACACGAAUCUAUUUCUAA